CCCACAUGUUACCCAGCAGUUUCAGUCUCGCAGCGUAAUUCGAAAGUGACAGACCGCGGGCUGGGAAUUAAAUUUUUAUUUAAACUAAAAAAAUUAAAUUAUAUUUUAUCAGAAGUUAAAAUCUAAAAAAAAAAAUAAAUAAAAUAAAACAAGCGAAAGCUGUGUACGCAAUUUAAAUAAAUAAUUAAUUUAUAUUAAAUAAAAUAUUUAUUUGUCAUCUAGUCGACAAUUAUUUAUAGUAUUUCGUUCGGUUAAACUUAAAUAUUUCCUACUCUUAGCAAUAUUUUUUUUUACUUUUAUAUUUAAAAUAAUUCAUUGAUUGUCGAUAGAAAUAAAACGUGUGUUCUGUGAAUAAUUGUGUGAAACCAAAGUUAUUUUUUAUAUUUUUUUAUUACAUAAAUUUAUCAAUCAAUCAAUCAGAUAUCGAAGUUCAGUAAAAGCAGAAAUUAAAAAAAAUUUUUUUUUUUUCGAAAUAAAAAUCUAUAUUAAUUUUUUUUAUACUAAUUACCGAAUAAAAGUGUGGUUAUUUUUUUUAUAAUUGAUAAAUUAUCGUGUUUGAAGAGGUGCCUUUUUUUAUGUCCAUAUAAAAAAAAAAAAUUGUCGUUAUUUUUUUUAUAUUAAGAGGAAAAAAAUAAAUUGGAGUGGCACACGCUUAACACAUUGUGAUAAAAUAUAUAAGAGUGAAAAUCUAUAAGGGCAUAAAUUGCCGAUAAUUAAAUAUCAACUGAUACCAAAACAGCCCGACCAUUCUUUUCUCAAAGCCAAAGAUGGACAUAGAGGUGCAGGUGGCAUUAAAUUUCGUGAUAUCUUAUCUCUAUAACAAAUUGCCAAGAAGGCGCGUGAAUAUAUUCGGCGAGGAGCUGGAAAAAGCGCUGAAAGACAAGUUCCAGGGUCACUGGUAUCCGGAAAAACCCUUCAAAGGAUCAGCUUUCAGAUGUUUGAAGACCGGGGAUCCAGUUGAUCCUGUGCUGGAACGAGCUGCCAAAGAAAGCGGAGUGCCAAUUCAAGACAUCUUGGAAAAUCUUCCCGCAGAAUUGGCUGUUUGGGUCGACCCGGGCGAAGUGAGUUAUCGUAUUGGUGAAAAAAACAUGAUAAAAAUCCUGUACUCGGAGAGCGCUGAUCUACAUGACGAGAGUUCUGCUGACCGCGAGGUGACCAAGACCUUCAACCCGGAGGCGCAGUGCUUCAGACCAAUCGAAGCCGUAGGAACAUCUCUAAGUGGAUUGAGUUUGAGUCCUAAAUCAACCUCUCCGUUCCCCUCCUCAUUGGCCAGCAGCGCUAGCAACGGAUCAUCUAAUAACCAAAGUGGUCAUGGUUCUGGGUCAUCAUCGGCACCCUCACCGACACCAAUAACUAAUUCAUUUAAGGGAUCGCCUAGUCCUGUGCCAGCUUUUAUUCCACGGUCUACUGCGCCCUUGACUUUCACUACUGCUACUUUUGCUCAGACUAAAUUUGGCAGCACUAAAUUGAAAACCAGCAGCAAACGAGCAAACAGAUCAUCAUCUUCCAGAAUGUCACCGACUGAAUUCUCCAACUACAUAAAACAACGUGCAAUGCAGCAGCAAAUCCAUCACCACCAUCACCAUCAGCAUCAGCAGCAGCAGCAACAGCAGCAACAGUCAGGCCUACCAGUAUCACAAAACUCACCGACGUCUCGUUCACUUUCACCAGGUGGCGUAGUCGGACAGUCACCGCAAGCUCAACAGCCACAGCAACCGCAGCAGCACUCAGAUCCCAGUGCAUACUUCUUCCCGGGUCCAUACCACCCACAAUUUACUCACCGCAAUAUCUUCGACUCAUCAAGUCACGGCGGCUACUUACCCGACUUAUACGGCGCUAAAUUUCCAUCGUCUUACUUAGACCCCUCAAACAUCGGGCACCAGUUCUACGGCAGCGUCGGUACCAGCAGCUCACAAACAUCCACCAAUCUCGGGCCAAUCGGGUCAGGAGUUAGCAAUUCAUCAAACGGAAACCAGCAGGAAAAGACAACUCUCGUCGACGGCUUAAACAACUUCGGACUCGGACCCGUCACUCCUUAUCCAGCCAGCCAAUACCAGCAUCUAUUGGUCGCUAAUUAAUAUCCCAGUAACCUGGCCCCCACUUGCCCGCCACGUCCAUCAUCGGUCGUCUAAGCGGUCAUAUAUUUCCUUUAAAUAAAUUUAAAACACAACAACAACUCCAACCUCAACCAAUAAACCUCACCCUCUAAUUCUCAUCUACUUUUCUCUAAUUAAUUAAUUAACUAAUUAGUUAUCCUAAAAAUAUCCUAAUGAUUUUUUUAAUCCUUUUACUACAAUUAAAAUUUUACACACUUACAAUGUACCGAUCAAGGGCCAGGACUAAAUACCGACAGCUUACUAAAAAAAUUUUACGUUAAUGAAAUUUUUUUCGUAGAGGCUGCGGUUUAAUUGAGCAAAGAGAUGAGAUAGAAGAUUUACAUUGGGACAAAUUAAUUAAAAAAAAAAAAAAACACACUUAUGACAACAAUAAUAAAUAAUAAAUAAAUAAUAAUAAUAUUAAUAUUAAUUAAAAAAAAAAAAAACAAAUCAAGAACAUCAAUUUAAAAAUAUAACAACAAAUAAUUACCGUCGUGUAAUAAUUUAUUUUUUCACUGGAUUAGUCGAAGAAUAUUUAAAUAUAUCUGUAGAGCCUAUGUAAUUAUAAUUCAAAUGCACUCGGGGUUAUUACAUGGUAUGAAUAUGAAAAAGUUUCUCUUUAAAAAUAUUAAUAACUAAAUAUAUAAGUUAUUUAUAUAAAAAAAAAUAAAACACAAAUUUAAAAAUAAUUUAAAACAGAGAAACAUUUAAAAUUCCGUCAUACCAUCGAAAACUCGUCCUUUGGUACGAUCUUACAUUUUAUUUUUAUAAUGAAUAAAUAAAAAAAAAGUUAAAGUAAAUAAAUAAAAUAAAUACGCAGUAGAGAAUUUUAUAGAGAUGGUCGUGGCACGUAAGUGGCGCAAUUGAUCCUUAAUUAUAAAUUAUUUAAAAAUCGAGUGAUUUUUUUUUAAAUUAAAAAAUAAAGAGAAGAAUUUUCAAUAAAUAAUUUAGUGUAAUUAUAAUUUUUUAAUUAUUUUUUUAUUUUAAUAUUUAAUUGUAAAAAAAAGUCUAAAAUUAUUUUUUUUAUUUUUUUAUCUUUUUUAAAUCGAGUAUUAAUUUUUUUUUAGUAUAUUAUUUUUUAAAAAAUAUUAAAAAAACAAAAACAAUGUGGCCACGUACGAGUCAACGAGUCAAUUAGAUGAUUACAUAAUAAUUUAAUCGUAUUCACAAAAAAUUUUUAAAGAGACGUCGUAAUAAAAAAUGUUAUUUUUUUUUUUAAAUUUAAAUUAAAUAAAUUAAUUGACGUCUUAUAAAUAAAUAAUGAAAGAAAAAAUAUAAAACGUGAUUUAUACGAGCAUCGAGUGAUAGAAAUAAAUUUUUAAAAAAAAUAAAAUAAUAAUUAAGUGUCACGAGCCGCGGGCCGGACACUUGGGUGCUAAAAGUAUUAAAUGUUAUCUUGAAAUCGCGAAUUAAAUAAACGGAAGUUGUCUUGUAUUUUUUUUUUUUUAAAUAUUUUUUUAAAUACAAGACAAGAGGAAUGAAAAUUAUAACAAAAAUAAAAAACGUUGACAACUUUCGGAUCUAAAGAGGGUAGAACGAAAAAAAAAAAACACCAGUACCCUUUUUUAUAAAAAAAAAAAAAAUAACAAAAAUAUCUAAACUUAAUUAUUAUACUAUUAAACGAUACGUACGACUGUGGUAGCUAUGCUAGUACCUGCUAUUGUUAAAAAAAAAAGUACAUAAUAAUUAAAAACACUACGAGUGCAAACGGAAGACGAGAUGAGUUUUCAAAUGAUUGAUAAAAAGAAAUUUUAAAAAUUAAACAGUCACUGAAAAAUAAAUAGAUUUUAAAAUGUCUUAUCGUUGGCACUAAAUUACGCGGGUUAUUUAAAAAAAAAAAUUGCAAUAAAUCAGAAAUCAAAUAGACGAUUGGCGGGGAUUCAAAUUAUAUGCCUGAUAAAUCAAACACGAUGUAUACUGUCAUGAUUAAAGUUUAAUAAAAUAAAAUAAUAAAUAAAUAUUCUGAGGAAUUAAAUGGGUUGGGAUGAGAUUUAAUGGUGCAAUAAAAUAGUAAGCGGUAAAUUCGUUUAACCCUCAAUGGUUUUACCAUUGGCGCGAAAGGUAACGGUCACAAAGGCUACAGACGUUUUUGAUUGUGUAUUUUAUCGGUGGGGUAAAUUUGAAAAAUUUUAUGCUAGAAAUUGGAAGUGAGUUCGAAGUGAUUACAGAUUUUAAUUCAAUCCGGAUUCACUUCGUCACGAAGUUCCGCAUGCGGAGUAAAUAGGGAGUUAAUUUCUUACACUGUAAUAAUUUUUUUUAUUUAGUGAACUUUUGGUUCUAAUUUUGAUCCUUCAAACUUUUUUUUAAACUCGAUAGUCGAAUUUAAAAACAAAAUUUGAACUGUCAGAAAUGUCAAAAACUGACUGGAUUUUUAUCUACCAAAGAUUUUUUUAAAUUUGAAUAUUUUCUACUAAAUCAUGACAAAAAUUAUUUUUAAACAAAUUUACUUCGAUAUAAAAUUCAAAAAAAUUUUUUAUCUAUGAUUGAUAGGUUAAAAAAAAAGUUUCAUUGGUUUUUUACAAAUAUCUCUGUAAAUAUCAAAUUUUUGAAAAAAAGGUAAGAGACCUUUUUCGUAGAUCUCUAAAUUCUCUACAAAAAACGUCUCUUUGACUUUUUGAAAAAAUUCAAUAGCCACCGAGAUAUUUGGAGUUUAAAAUAGGUUAAAAAAAUAGUUUCAUUGGUUUUUUACAAAUAUCUCUGUAAAUAUCAAAUUUUUCAAAAAAAAGUAAGAGACCUUUUUUGUAGAUCUCUAAAUUCUCUACAAAAAACGUCUCUUUGCAUUUUUCAAAAAAUUCAAAAACCACGGAGAUAUUUGGAGUUUAAAAAAGCGCGGGAAAUUCUGGCGCCCAAAUGGCCGUUAAGGGUUAAACGAAAGCUGAACAAACUUGUAGAUCUAUUGGAUUUAAAGAAUAAUUAAAAUAAAUAUAUAGUAUUAUAAUGUUUAUUGUAUAACUUUAUAAGUAAAAAAAAAAAAUACAUGCAUAGUUUUUCAUUGCAUUGGAUAUAAAAAAUAUAUAAUCGUAACCGUAAUACGCGAUCUAAAUAAUAACGAAAACGUAAAUCAAUCCACUUAAAUAAGUAUAUGAAUAUAACAACAAAUAUAUAUAUUAUAUAUAUAAAUUUAAAGAAAACUCGUUCUCGCAUGUAUCCAGGUCGAUCUGUCUUUAAAAUAAUUAAGUAUCAAGUGUGUAUAUUUAGAUAAAUAAAAUUUUUUAAUAAUCGGUGUUUACUAUUUUAAAUAAAUAAUUUAAAUAAUUGGAAGAUUUAUAUUUUUUUUAAACAAAUUGUUUAUAUCUUUUUUAUUAAAAAUACUUAAACAAUUAAAGUUAAACUUUUUUUAAAAAAAAUUAAUUAUUGAAAAAAGUUUUAAUGUUUAUUAAAUGUAUUUUUAAUAGUUUAUGAUAUUUAACAGUUUAUAUAAAUAUAAAAAAAAAAUAUAAAUAAAUAACAAACUGUCAUAAAUUAUAUAAAAUUAUAAUAUACGAUAACGUGGUAUGCCGUUAAAAUAAAUAAAAUAAUUAGUUAAUUAUAAAAAUAUAUCCACACAAUAUAUUCUUAUACUUAGCCGAGAUAAAAAAAAAAUAA